AUGCAAGUGUCCGUCUCUGGAGGUCCGAACGGCCUUGAGAGCUGGAUGAACUGUGGCAUCUCCUCCAAGUCAGGGUGGAACCCUCCGUACGUGACGAUGGACGACGUCGUUACCGUGGACCUAAGCACGGCGCUGAGCACUGUCGGGACGCCAUUUGCGGCUUGUCAGAGCUUUGUCGGGUAUUUCGAGAGCGCGGGGCAGCAGUAUGGCAUACCACCAAUCAUACUCGCCUCCAUCGCCCUGCAAGAAUCAUCCUGCGACGCCUCGUCCAUGGGUGCAGGCGGGACGACCGGGCUGAUGCAGAUCUCGCAAGACAAAUGCGGUGGUGCGCCCGGAGGGAACUGCCUCGAUCCGGAAUUCAACAUCGCUGCCGGCGCGCGUUAUCUAGCGGACACGGUCCAGCAGACCGGGGGCAACUUCCUGCUUGCGUUGGGAUAUUAUAAUGGAUGGUAUAUCGGCAUGACCGUGGAUGCGGUGCUAGCCGUAGGGCAGGGCUCGUGCUGCGGAUGUAUGCAGAACCUCGACUACCUGCAACAAAGCCUGAACGGCUGGUUUGUCGGUGAGGAUGCAUAUGCGAUCGGUUUAGGUAGUUGGCAGAAUCUUGCAGUCUGUCAGUGA